AUGCGGGCAGUGGUGGGUGGGAGAUGGCUUUGGACCUUGCUCCUGCUGACCGUGGCGUGCGUGCCAAGGGUUGGUGGGGCUCGGCGGUGUGCCGUUCCGGGUGAUUGUCGGCCAUGUGAGGGGCGUUUGCUGUUUACCAACUCGCUCCAGGGUCGCACUUCGUGCCAGGGUACCCUGCUGUACGCCUACGCGCAUGGCCACGUGUGCAACAGCACCUGCCUAACCGACGGAGCCAUGGCCUCCCCAAUCUUGGAGUGCUUUGACGGCCAUUGGGUCUGGCCCACAGACCUAACGAGCCAAGACAUGUGCCCCCCAUAUAGGGCACAAAACUGCACCUACACGCCCGGCAACUCUACCACCGCGGGCGGCAGCCUCGUCUGCGACCGCUGUGCAAACACACAGCCACCAGCUCUUCGCGUCCUGCCGCAAAUCCUCUCCGCCGACAUUGAACAUGUUCACCUGCCCUGCCAAGAGAUACAAAGCCUGGGCGAGGGGUUUCAGAGCGUGCCCUACAUGCGCUACCUCAACCUCUCUCAUUCCUGGCUCACAGUCUUCUCCAUGCGCAGCCUACGUGCUUUGGAGGUUCUGGACCUAAGCUUCAAUACCAUCAGCUACCUCAACUCUGCCAUCAUUCCCAACAUGAUUCCACACAUGCGUGCCAUAUACCUUCAAGGCAACCCCCUGGAGACGAUCCGGCCCAACACCUUUGCCGCCACGUUUCCCAAGACGUGCGGGCCCGAAUACACCCUGAACUUCCCGACCACUGCAAACUGUGAUUGCGUCCUUGCCCCCAUUCCUGGAGAUUGUGGCCGCGUCAACUGCUCUGGCGCUUGUGUCGUGGGAACUCGUGUCACCACCAUCCAGUGCCCUGAAUACGAUCCCGACGGACCCGUGCUCGGUUCUCUCAAUCUCACCGCACUCGCCAGCCCCGAUCAAAUUUGCGAUGGCAUUCCCCAGUGCGCCAAUGGCUGGGACGAACAUAUUUGUGACAUGAUGGUUCGCGUCCCCACGAGUUCAUCAGAUCUGGCCGUUGCACUCUUUCAGCCAUGUUCCGGCACCAUCUUCAACAUCUCCUCUCUCCGUGGCAUCGUUCUCAUGCUGCCCGACCUAACCGCCGAGCUACCCUUUGAACGGUGCUUUGAUGAUUCCAUCUUCUACCCCACUCGUGAAAUCCUCCAAGUCCUCUCCUCGGGGCUUGUCACGGAGAGCUCUGAUCGCGCAGGCAUGCAGGUCAUGUUUGCUUUGAGCAAUUCCACCCAGGGCACCGUCACCCUCACAACAGACGACAAUCUAACCCUCGUGCUUAAUGUCGCCAUCAACAUGGGGGAUCAAAGCACUCUCUCCCCGGCCGUCACUGCUUCUAGUUCCGUGCCGCAUCACCUCACCACCGAGCCCGGAUUGACCCUCUCUCCCUCCUCAACGCACCAAGCCGGGGUCAUCGUGGCCGCCAUUGCGGCUAGCGUGGUGGUCUUGGUGGCCGGAAGCCUACUCGCUCUCCUCGUGCUGCGUCACCGACGUCGUCAAUGGCGUCAAUCUGCCUUGCAACGCGACGUUGAGGAUGUUUUGGCCGCCAUGGCCCUCGACUUUGGUGCCGAUAGCAAACGCCUGGUUUUUCUCCCAAGCAACAACUUUAUUUUGGGCAACGAGCUGGGUAGCGGUAAUUUUGGGCGCGUUGUGCAGGCAUCUUCAUGUGGAGCAAUGGUGCCCACGCAGGUGGCCAUCAAGAUUGCACACUUGAUCCAGAGCAAGAAUCAGACUGACGCCGUCCUGCGCGAGGCCUUGCUGCUUCACACAUUGGAGCAUCCAAACAUCAUUGCCAUUUACGGUUGCACCCUUGUGGAACAACGCCUGGCCAUGGUGCUUGAGCUCGCGCCCUUGGGUCCACUGCGCGAGUAUUUACGAGCUCCCGACGGCCCCGGUUCAGGUACUCCGCAGGCCCAGCGCCUCAGUUGGCUCUGCCAGCUGGCAUCGGCCUUGGCCUACCUGCAUCAACGACCAAUGAUUCACCGCGAUCUGGCAGCACGCAACGCCUUGUUGGUGUCCGAGGACGUCUGCAAGCUCUCUGAUUUUGGCUUAUCUCGCCGCUUAAAGACUGAAGAAGAUUACUAUCGGCCGCAGCCCAACGGCGACUUGCCAUUUCGUUGGAUGAGCCUAGAGGGCCUCAACGGCAAGCCGCAUACUCUUGCGAGCGAUGUCUGGGCUUUUGGUGUACUUGCGUUCGAGGUUUUGACCGGUCAAGUUCCAUAUGCAGACACAGACCCUCUCCAACUGCGUCUCUUCCUAGAUCGGGGUCACCGUCUGAGAUUGCCUCAAGACCUGGCUCCCCCUUUGACAAGCUUUUGCCAGGUGGCAGUGGGUUCGUUCAUCUACCCCUAUACUGACAUGCCAUUCCUGCAUUGGCCGAGCUGUCGCGUAGGCUCCUCCAGCAGUGCUGGCACAAUCAACCAGGAGCGCGACCUACGGCUGCGCAGCUGG